AUGUGCAGAAACUAUUACCGUUGCACCACAGUGGGUUGUGGGGUGAAGAAGAGAGUGGAGAGAUCCUCCGAUGAUCCUUCCAUCGUCAUGACAACUUACGACGGUCAACGCACUCAUCCUUUCCCCAUGACGCCACGUGGACAUAUCGGAAUGCUUACGUCACCAAUUCUCGACCAUGGUGCAAUCACUGCGUCAUCAUCAUCAUCAUUCUCUAUCCCUCAGCCACGCUACUUGCUAUCUCAGCAUCAUCAACCUUACAGCAGCAUGUAUAACAACAACUCUCUAAGCAUGAUCAAUAGAAGCUCCUCCUCUGAUGGCACUUUCGUAAGUCCAGGGUCAUCAUCAUUUCAUGGAUUUGGUUAUGUCAUGUCACAAGCUUCUACGUCAACUACUUCUGCCACUAGAGAUCAUGGAUUACUUCAAGAUAUUCUUCCUUCGCAGAUCAGAUCGGAUACUAUGAACACUCGAACCAGUGAAGAGGACAAGAAAUGA